AGGUUCGGAAAACGUUAGUUCUGAGCUUAGGAACUCAGAACCGAGUGUGUCUUGUUAAAGUUCUUAAAUACUAAGGAACUUUUAGCGAAUUCAGGAGCAACGGAAGCUAUUCAAGGGAUAAUUCGUUUAUUUCUCAAGUGCCUGAAAUUAAACGUUAUUUACACUGGCGCCUACUCAGUACAGUGUACGCAACAUGCAGUUCCAGCAUUUGCACAAGCACGCUCACCUCCUGCUCUUUCUUGAGAUCACUUUCAUAAUACUCUUCGCUGUCUUCGUGAGGUAUGGUCCAGACGCUGAUGCUAAGUAUCAUCCGUACAGUCCAGAAUUGCACCGCAGUAAUGACAGUCACAUGGAUGCUGAACAUCAUCCAGAAGCAUCUGGUACAGCGCAUCAUCCUGUUUACGGAUUCUUCCAGGACGUGCACGUGAUGAUCUUCAUCGGCUUCGGCUUCCUGAUGACGUUCCUGAAGAAGUAUGGCCUCAGUGCCGUGGGCCUCAACUUCAUGGUGGCUGCCGUGGCCAUCCAGUGGGCCAUCCUCGUUAACGGUUUCUUCCACCUACACGACGGACUCAUCUUCGUCGAUAUCAACUCUCUCAUGAGUGCGGAUUUCGUGGCUGCGACGGUCCUGAUCAGCUUCGGGGCCCUGAUAGGCAAGACGACGCCGACGCAGCUCAUACUGCUCACCGUCAUUGAGAUCCCAAUCUUCACGAUCAAUGAGGUCAUUGGGAGGAAAUAUUUCGGAGCUGUCGACAUGGGAGACUCGAUGUUUGUACACGCGUUCGGCGCCUACUUCGGUCUCGCCGCCAGCCUCAUGCUGGCUCGCGAGGACGUUUUCAGCGACAAGCAAGGCUGCAACAAAACCUCUAAUGUCUUCUCCAUGAUUGGCACGGUAUUCCUGUGGUUGUACUGGCCCUCUUUCAACGGUGGGGCGGCGACCGGAGACGACCAGCACCGAGCUGUGAUCAACACAUACCUCGCACUGGCUGCGUCCUGCAUUGUGGCCUUCGCUGUGUCGUCUCUAUCUGACCCUGACAAGAAGUUCGAGAUGGAACACAUCCAGAACAGCACACUGGCGGGAGGUGUAGCCAUUGGCACGUCGGCCGACAUGAUGGCACAGCCCUUCGGUGCCCUCAUCAUCGGCUCCAUCGCCGGCAUCGUCUCGGUCGUCGGAUACCACCAUCUUUCUGUUAUGCCUGUAAUCUUAUUUAUCAGCCGCCACCAUCUUUCUGUUGGCACCUGUAAUCUUAUUUAUCAGCCGCCACCAUCUUUCUGUUGGCACCUGUAAUCUAUAUCCCGGUUUCACAGUUUGUACGAAAUGUUCCCCCUGCGCGCCCCCCUCAAUGGCACCCCGGAGUUCGCAAGACUCCAGCGCGCGAUGCCCGACCUGGAGCCUGGCGACGGCCGCUCAGCGGCCAUACAAGCGUCCUUCCAGCUCCUGGCGCUCGUGGUCACCCUUGUCAUCAGCGUCGUGGGGGGACUAGUGACUGGUCUGAUCUUGCGGUUGCCGAUGCUGAAUAUUCUUGAAGCCGACGACCUCUUCGAUGACGAACCCUUCUUUAUAACCGAGCCAGAAGAAGAAGAGCACCGAACAGCUGCCCACCCGGCGGUCAACAAAGUCGGACCCUGAAUGUAGCGCUUCCUGGAACACAUCAAUUUUCAUGCCAGCUGAUAAAUUGUCAAGCCUGCUGAUCGACAGAAAUAAGGGAAAAGAGAAUUCAAAAUUAGAAAUUAGUUUCUAAGUUAGUGACGUAUAUAGUGCCUAAGAAAUUUCAGGAAGCGAGUUUCAACAAUGAAAAGCACGCAAUUUGAAGUCUCGAAUGAAUGCACUCUCGCUAUUAGGGGACUUCGAAUGAAUGCAAUCAAAAUUACGAGAACUAAAAUUACAGUACGCUUUCUUGCAGCAAAUUUUUUUCAGAAUUAAUUUUGGUCAUCAGAGAGUUUUGCAGAGACGUUUUUAUUCCUUGCCAAGCUUUUUAAGAAAUCAAACAAACAAGGCUAUUAAAUAAGGCAUAUAACCAUAAUAAUAAAAAAUAUUCGGCAUGAUACUUACAAAAAUAGGCUUACACAUUUCCUAUUUGAACGUAGAUUAAAUUAAUUGAAAUUAUAAGGAUAAGAGAUAAGAAUUUAUAAGUCUGAAUAUAAUUUGAGCACAGAAAUGUUUCGAUAAUUCACGAACGGCUUCGUAAAGUAAACCGUGAAUCACAGUAUAAAAUAAGUCAAGUGUGUUAGGUGUGUCGGGUUAGUGAAUGCUUCGGAAUUUUGAUUUGUCAGAUAUUUCGUGCUUAAUUAAAAUGAUUAAAUGGA